CUAAUUUCCCAAAUUGAAAACCCUAAGUUUCUAAUGAGAAACGCUAACCUACCCAUUUUCUUUUCCCUUCAGCCGCACCAUGCCCCCUUUCUUCCUAAAACAAUACACCCACAAAACAAAGAAAGAAACGUACAAACAGAGAGGGAAAGGAGAGAGAUCAGAAUCGGAGAAGAGGGAGGAGCUGCGCCGCCACCGCUCUGCGUCACACCCGGCCGUGUUUUGCUCGCCGUCGUGCCAUCCACCCACGCCGAGGAGGAAGAGAGAAACAGAGGAGAGUGGCGUCGCGUCUGCUGCGAGCUCGCCGCGGAGGAAAGCCGCCGUCGCCAUCGUUGUCCUCAUCAUGACCUGUCACCAUCGCUGGAGCCAGCCGCCUUCAUCGCCAUUCAUCCUUGUCGUCGCCAUCGCCGCUGGUCUGCAUUGGAGCCGCCGUCGAGUAGAACGCGAGGAAGAGGAGUGUCGCCGUUUUGUGGAGCCGUGUCGUCGCCGCUCAGCCCACUGCCGGAGACAGACGCGAAGAGGGAGUGGGAGUCACGAAGCCAGCUGCAUCCAGUCGCCGCUGUCGCGCCACUGACCGCCGCCGUUCCGCCGUCGCCGAACCACCGCGCUGCUGUAGCUGUCGCCGGGAAGGUUGUUGGAGCUUGCCGAGGAUACUGUUCUGAUUCUGAAGCAAUUCAUCCAUGUUACUACUCAUCUUUAUCCCUUGUUCUGCCUCUGCCUCUGAAUUCUGUGAGUUGCCGGAGCUCUCUGCCACUCGGAACCAACAUUGAGCUGCUCAGGAAACCACCCUUAGAACCACUACUGUUUUGAGAUUAUUGUAAAUUACCUUGCCGCCGCCGUUACUGGAGGUAGCUGCCAGCUCUAAUUGGAAACUGCUGCUAAGUCACCACCGAAGCUAAGAACAGGUGCUGGGAUUCGAUGGAGCACCGUUGCUGCUGUGAAUUCGUAAUAUUUGGUUUGCCGCGUUUAAAUUCUUCAAUUACGGCUAAUUGAGUGACACAGGUUCGAAGAUACAGUUUGAAGCUGCGGGCGAUUACAGAAUUUAUUUAUGAGUUAAAUGUAUGAGUUAAUUUGCUUUCAUAGAAUUCCCUCGCAUUUGUAGUUUUAGUUUUUUUUUUAUUUUACACAGAGGGAUAGGAUUUGUAUCUAAGUUUUAUUGGAAAUCUUUUGUAUGACAGAUAUUAUUAUUAGUAAUUAUGUGAUUAUUAUUACUUGGUGAUGCUUGCUAUAGGAUUUGAUAAAUAAAAACAAAAUUUUCUGGUAUUUUUACUAAAAUUGAAUCGCGAUAUCGAACUAGAGGCUCAAUAGUAAAUAGUUAAUAAAGGAAAGCAGGUUGGUAAUGCCUUACUUUCGGUACGAUCAUGACAUUCUAGAAGUUGGGUCGUUACAAUCCCUCUCAACAAUAAUGAAAGUUGUAUCUUAAUUCCACUUGGUCAACCUUUACCAGGGCAAAGGAAAGUCAAGGGACUAAUUAAAUUGACCUUUGAAUCCUAAUUAUUUCUUAAGAAAAUGUUGGG